AUGACCGCCGGCUCCCGACGGAGGCCCGCGCCGCCCCGCCGCCGCGCCUCGCCCAUGGCGCCAUCCCCCCUCUCCGUGUCCUCCACCAACCCCUUCCCGCCGCCCUCGCGCCGCCUCCCCCGCACGGCCGUCGCGGCCGCGGGCGCCGCGCUCGCGACGCUCCUCCUCCUCGCCGCGGCCGCCGCCGUCUGGCGCCCGGCCUACCUCCCCGCCGCGCUCCUCCGCCGCCCGGCGCCCGCCGCCGCCAGGUUCUACUCCUUCGACCUGGUCCGCGAGUACCCGCACGACCCCGCGGCCUUCACCCAGGGCCUCCUGUACGGGGGGAACGACACCCUCUUCGAGUCCACCGGCCUUUAUCACCAGUCGUCGGUCCGAAAGGUUGAUCUUCAAACUGGGAAAGUUUUAGAGCAGCACCAAAUGGAUGGAUGGAUGUUUGGAGAAGGCCUAACACUUCUCGGCGACAGAUUGUUUCAAGUUACUUGGCGGAAGAAUGAUGGAUUCAUAUACGACCGGCAUAACUUCAGCAAACGUGAGAGUUUUACCCAUAAAAUGCUUGACGGGUGGGGGCUUGCCACCGAUGGAAAAAUUAUAUUUGGCAGUGAUGGCACCUCAAAGUUAUACCAGCUGGAUCCAGAAUCACUUGAAGUGACGAAGACAGUAACAGUGAAAUAUCAAGACAAUGCUGUUUCCUUUAUUAAUGAACUGGAGUAUAUAAAUGGUGAAGUAUGGGCAAAUGUCUGGCAGACAGAUUGCAUAGCUAGAAUUUCCUAUGAAGAUGGCCAAGUGGCGAGCUGGAUCUUUCUUCAUGAGCUGAGGCAGCAAUUGUGGAAUUCUGGCAACACGGCCAUUGAUGUUCUAAACGGUAUAGCUUGGGACGAAGAAAAGAACAGACUGUUUGUGACCGGGAAAUUGUGGCCGAAGCUCUACGAGAUCAAGCUGCGCCCGGUCGACGGGCCACCGGACGGGUCUGUGGAGAGGCUGUGCCCAAGGGCAAGCUUUUAUUGAUGACAAGUGUCGACGAGGAUGCCGAGGCAAGAUUCUUUCUUUUGCCUCGGCAAGGAUAUGUACAUGUAUUAUGCCUCCUGGUCGAUUCGAGGCGAUCGGCAGUUGGAAGAUAGAUUUUUUUGCUGUGACUUGGUAGUGGCGUGGCGGGAGCUAGCUGCUCCUCAGUUUCAUGUUGGAGCCCGUGUAGUUGUGUGUAUGAUCAUGUAUGUAUUUUCCCCUGAUGUAAAAGAUGGCUGUCUCUUGUAAAGAUGAUGAUUCUGCUGCGAAGAAAUCUAAUACGAAAACAACAAUUCAUUCAUGCCAGCCCAAA